UUCCCUCUUGAUAUCUACCGGACAGCCAAAACAUUGGCUGAUCUGUGUAAUUCGUACAUCUCCUAUAGGUCGCGCCGCGGUCUGAGAUCUUACUAGAGACAAUCCAUCGAUCGGUUUUUAUGGUGAUAAGAUCCGAGACUUACUUAGUUUUAAUUUGUCGGAAUCGCCAAGUCCACAGUUUUCUUUUUGCUGCCCCGUAAUCUGUGGGAAAUCCAGUCGCUAUGUCUGGGCGCGUGUUACCAUGGAUAUGUUUGUUCCUGGGACUGAUGAAGUUUUCUAACGCCUGUUCCUGCUAUAUGCCACGAUAUCAAAACUCGUUCUGCAACGCUGAAUUCGCCAUCACAGCAAACGUUACUUCCUCUGAGCUGUUUUUCCGGGACGGGAGAAGUUUGAGUUCCUACGUGCAGGAGAGCGUAAUUCCGGACCGACAUCAGCGCCUGGAGUAUAACUACUCCAUUGAUGUGCUGGACAUCUUCAAGACGACUCCCACUUUUGAGACGGUCGACCAGAACUACGUCACUUCCGACGCAUUUGACGGAUCCUGUGGGAUCGACCUGUCCGUGGGGACAGUGUACUACAUGACGGGUUACGUCAGAGAAGACCACAUGGUAGUUUCGUCCUGCUUUACCACGGCGCCUUUCUCGGAGCUGAAGGCGGGGCACCUAGAGGGAAUCAGGGGGCUGUACGCCGACAACUGUAAAUGUCGGGUAAACGAGCUGAUGAUGGAAAAAUGGAAGAAGAAGAAGGUGUGCCAGGCCGAGUGGUACUCUCCGUGCGAGGAGGCACAGGCCGUCUGCGUCAAAAGAAAAGGCGGGAAAUGUGUUUGGCGCCAUAUUGCAGACGAAUCCUGCCUACUGGAUGAUGAGGACAAAUAGAUAUAUGGACGCACGUUCAUGUUUAACGACUAUGUGUAUUUUAAAUCUUAUUUCUACAUGUAUGUAAUUUUUUAAACGAUUAAAGUGGACGAAGUUCAACAGAAAAGGGUACGUGUUAGUUAAAGCAAUAUGAGCUGUAUUUUUUAGAAUUUUAUUUUGCUGCAAAAACCUGUUAGUAUGAUAAGUCUGCACAUAACACAAAGUUUUAUGAUAAAUAAGAUUUAAUUUGAAAACAUCAUUAAUUUUUGUCAAAGGAAAUAUUUCUCUUCUAAGGAAUAUAUAGCAAAUCAAUGUUUGUAUAGGACGACAAUAAUUCAAUUUUGCUCCAAAUAAGGCUUCUUAACGACCAUUUCCACAAAAAUAUGGCUAUAACAGAAAUUUAAAAACCAUGAUAUUUUUGUAAUUUUAGUAAAAAAAAAUUCAUUCGUUUUAUCAGAAAUCUAAUUCUAUGAAAAUUUAGACUUAUAAAACUAAUUUCCAAAAUUGGACAUAGAUGAUUUUGUUAUUGAUUCACUGGUCUUGAAUUCAUUGAUUACUGGCUGUAUUAAUAUAAAUAUGUAUGUAUUACAGGUAAACCAUACCAUGCAUGAUUUUUGAAAUACUCCUUUCUAAAAUGUUUUCAAUAAUUAAGAUUUUAAUUUGUGGAAUGAAUACAUAAAAGAUGUACUUGCAAGUGACAUUCGAUGGCUCGAACUUCGAUCGCUCGAAAUUCUUGAUCUCGAAGUGAAAUCACUUCACUAUAUAUAGCUAUAGCAAUUUAUUGAUACCUUUCAGACCCUGACAAGUGUAAGAAGGGGGGG